AUGUUUCAAUGGUGGUCAAAGCUGCUCGGAUCGGAUGUUGGUUCGGAACAACAUCUUCAGCAAGAUUUGGCGGAUGAGUCCUAUCAAGAAGAACAAUUUCAAGAUUUUAUUUCAUCAGAAUCAUCAAUUCAUCAAGUGAUUAAUCAUAAUUCUUUUCAUGAAAAUUUCAAAGAUAAUGAUCAUCACGAACUUUCUCAAUCAAACAACAACAAGAAGCAGAAAUUACGAAUAUGUAUGGUUUCCGAUUUCUUCUAUCCAGGUUUUGGAGGUGUAGAAUCCCAUAUUUAUUGCAUCGGAACUGGUUUAAUCAAACGAGGACAUAAAGUCAUUGUCAUCACUACUUCAUACGGCAACAGAAAAGGCAUCCGCUAUCUUUCAAAUGGUCUUAAAGUUUAUCAUAUACCCAUCUUUAAAAUUGAAACUGCUGCAGGAAGUGCUACUCUUCCAUUUCUUCUUUCCUUAGGUCCACUGAUACGAAAUAUUCUCAUUCGGGAACGUAUUGAUCUUGUUCAUGGACAUCAAUGUACCUCCAAUAUGUGCAACAAUGCAUUGUAUCAUGCAAAAACAAUGGGCCUGAAAACCUUCUUCACGGAUCAUUCUCUCUUCGGAUUUGGAGAUCAUGGAGGCAUGCAUAUCAAUAAGGUUUCGAGAUUGGUCUUGUCUGAAGUGGAUCAUGUCAUUUGUGUCUCACAUACAUUGAAAGAGAAUUUGACAUUACGAGCUUCCAUGAAUCCAUUCAAAAUGACUGUAAUUCCUCAUGCCGUGGAUACAGGUGUCUUUCAGCCAAAGAGAAGAACCCUCGUGGAUCCACAUGAGCGUUUGAAAAUUGUCUCUGUCUCUCGAUUAGUGUAUCGAAAAGGUGCAGAUAUUCUCAUUGCCAUGAUUCCCAUUAUUUGUCAAAAGUAUCCCAUGGUGGAUUUUAUCAUAGCAGGAGAUGGCCCAAAACUCAUUGAAAUGCAUGAAAUGAUUGAAAAGUAUGAAUUGUUUGAUCGAGUGGAAUUAUUGGGAGCGAAACCAUACAGUGAGGUUCCUCAAGUGUUGCAACGAGGACACUUGUUCAUUAAUACGAGUCUUACCGAAGCAUUCUGUAUGGCCAUUCUGGAAGCAGCAAGUUGUGGACUCUUUGUAGUGAGUACCAACGUGGGAGGAGUGAGAGAAGUCUUGCCCGAUCGUGACAUGGUUCUAUUGGCAGAUCCAACACCUGUGGCCAUGUGUGAAGCGAUUGACGUGGCCAUUAAGGACUAUGUCUACAAGUGUGAUCCAUUGAAAACUCAUGCACGUGUCCGUGAAAUGUAUCACUGGGAACAAGUGGUGGAGUGUACCGAGCAAGUGUAUUACAAUGCCGUUCAGAAUAACGAAGAAGAAAAUGAAAAUAGUUCUGGAAAGUUACUGGAUCGCCUCUUGUCGUAUCACUCGGCAGGAACCUAUCAUGGAAAGAUUAGUGCCUUAAUCAUGUUAUUGGAUCAUUUGUUAUUCAAAGCAUUGGAUUGGAUCUAUCCGAGAGAAUCGAUUGAUGUGUGCCCCGAUCUUGCUCCUUUCUACAUUAAAUCUUCAAGUAGUCACGAGAAUGAAGUUGUCGCAAAGAAAAACCAAUAA